AUGAUCAGCAAUUGAUAAUGGCAAACUUGCAGUGUUAACGACAGGACAUACUUGACUGGCUCCAAUCAACUGUUUGGUCAAUAGCUCUUCCAGCUCAUACGCAACAUUAUUGACUGGAUGAGUGUACAUUCUAACUGAGAUCCAACAAAAUGAGCUCCGACCAAACAUGCAGUAGCUCCUCCUGGACUAAGGAGGAAGACAAAGCAUUUGAGAACGCCCUGGCUAUCUAUUCUGGAGAUAGCAAUCUACUGAUGAAGAUUGCAGCAGAAGUUCCUCAGAAAUCUCUUCAAGAAAUUACUCAGCAUUAUAAUGACCUUGUUGAAGAUGUCAACGACAUUGAAUUGGGAAAAGUCCCCCUACCCAAAUAUGGGAAAAUGCAAAUUUAUUCCAGCCGUAGAAGUAGAUCAUCGGGAGCAGUGGUAGAACGGCGAAAAGGGAUUCCUUGGACUGCAGAAGAACACAGGUCGUUUCUCCAAGGGUUGGAGAAAUAUGGUAAAGGUGAUUGGCGGGGUAUAUCGAGGAACUGUGUGAGAUCUAGAACACCAACACAGGUGGCAAGCCAUGCCCAAAAGUUCUUCAAUCGGUUAAAUGACAAUGACAGGUCGAAGAGGAGAAGCAGCAUUCAUGAUAUCACUAGCGUGAAUGCUGCUGAUACUACUGAAUCUUCACAAGGUCCAAUCACUGAGUAUGUAACUGAAGCUUUUGAUGCAGGAAUGAUAUCUUUACCAGGGCUAGCUACCAACUGCGCUAUUGAAGGACCAUUCCUGCAAAGUAUAGAUGACCUAAUCACUGAACCGGCAGAGGACACCUCAGGAGCAGUUGCUGGUGGCACCAGAAUGUACACUCAUCCGGUCAUUAAAGUUGGGUCCUUAGAAGAGCUAAUGACCAAUCAGUUGGUUGGAUCCACACAAGGAGGUCCUACGGCUAACACUGCAAGUUUGCCAUUAGCAAUUGUUGAUCAGAUGGGAAUCCAUGAUUGUAUAGCUUCUGGCAGUGGUGCUAAGAAUAGUUUUGAGAGCACCAUGGGAGCUCCCGAGGGAGGUUUUCGUGUCGAUUCCUUGCAAUUGCCAUCAAUUCCUGGAACUAGUGGCGGUGGAAUUCAUCCCUGUUCAAAUCCUACUAUGCAAUUGCCAUUUAUUCCCGGCACUAGUGGUGGUGGAACUUUUCAAGGUUCGAAUCCGAGCAGCGAGGAAGACGACAUCUUUGAUUUGGAAGACCUAUUCACAGAUCACAUAUUUGGUUUUGGCAAAUAAGAAUCUGUUGUAUAUAGUGGUAAACCUCAACCUCUCUCGGGUUUCACUAGAAUGACCUCUGCUUUGUCGCUGAUGAGCCAAUGCAGCAGGCACCUAUUACUUCACGAACUCUCAUGCCAUUACGUGUUCCUUGCCUGGUUGGUUCAUUUGCAGCAUCUUGUAGUGUAUUGCUCUGUCGUCGUGUCCUAGAUAUGACUCCAUUUGCAGAUCCAGUGCUGGCUUCUAUUGUAUACGGUGUAUAGAGUAGCAAACUGUAUCAGUAGGUUAAAUAUGUAGAACUAUUUGAACUCCAUGUUCAUAAAUAAAAGCAUGAUUUAGUAGGUUUGAAUCUUA